GUGGGGUUCAGUGAGUUGAGUGAUGCAUGUGAUCGUGUUUUGGCCUGCAGGGGACGCUGCGGCCGCAGGCGCCAUGUCCGCGAUGUGGGGACCCGCUGGCGUGGUCGGAGGAGCACAGCGUCCUGCUGGGCUGCUCCUGCUGCACCACGGUGGAUGAGACUCUGGAGAACGCAGCCAGAGGCCUCGCCAGCAGGAUGAUGGAAAAGACCCACUGGGCGUCCGGAAGGGUGGGCGACAUCAACUUCGUCGGUUCUACGAAGACCCGAGGAAAGUUUGUGAGGGUGCGCAGCAACACGGACCCGGUGCUCAUCUACCAGAUGCUGGUGGAGGAGUGGGGCCUCGCUCCCCCACACCUGGUGGUGGCGCUGGUGGGCGGAGACGAAAUGACUCAGAUGAAGCCUUGGCUCAGGGACAUUCUGAGGAAAGGACUGGUGAAGGCCGCGCAGAGCACAGGCGCGUGGAUCCUGACCAACGGCCUCCGCUUCGGCAUCACCAAACACCUGGGCCAGGCGGUGAGGGAUCACUCGUUGGCCAGCACCUCCUCCAAGGUCCGCGUCGUGGCCAUCGGCAUCGCGCCUUGGAACAUGAUCCACAAUCGAGAGGCGCUCACCAGCAGCUAUCCCAAGGUGGACGAGCCCGUGGUUUACGAGCCCCGGGACUUGCCCCACGGCUCGGUGUACUCGCUGGACAGCAACCACUCCCACUUUGUGCUGGUGGAGGAGGAUCCCGACAGACCGGGAGCCACCAGCGAGAUGAGGGUGAAGCUGCUCAAACACAUCUCUCUGCAGCGCACCGGAUACGGAGGGGCGGGCAGCUUCGAGAUCCCCGUCCUGUGCUUCCUGGUCCACGGGGAGCCCAAAAUCCUGAAGGUGAGUUCCACCUGA